GUGUAGGGCUAGUGAGUGUUCUCAAUACUUCCUGUUUUCACCAUUUGAUACGCAGAAGCUUAUUACAUUCAGGGUUUGCUCACUAGUACGAGAAAUCUUUAGAUAACUUAUAAACCUUGUUUUAGUGUACAGACAGAAGGAACUUCAUCUAUUGUAAAAGAACAGAGUUGUCAUGUUGGGCGAAGCCUUCAUCAGAGUCUUGAGGUACAGGCAAGAGGAUUGUAAACCCCAAUCCACAAAGGCUCAGGAACGUCCACCACAUCCCGCACCCAAUAUUAUUCUGAACCCAGGUUCAAUGCCAGGAAAGGUGGAAGGCCUGUGGCAGUCUGGUCCUAGAGCAACAACCACGCCCAGUAAUGCGCUCACCAUACCAAACAGCCAUAGUGACGACUAUGGAGACCUGGAGCUCUAUCGGUCCUGGUGCUGCACCACCUUCUGCAAAGACUACCCUGACCUGCAGCUCAGGGGGGACCAUGUGGGCAACAGGAGCUCAGAGAGCCCGCGGUUGGCCAGUGACGUGUUUGAAGGGCCUCUCCUUCAGUCUAAGGACCUGGGAGACCUGGACUCCCUGGAGCCAGCCGGGCCUGUGGAGCCUGGGGUGCAGAUGGUGUCCCUGCCCCUUCAGGAUGAGGGUUACCUGGUCAUGGACAGCAUCACCACCCUGAACCGAGAGCCUCUGUCAAACUCCAUGCUGAAUGGCUACUUGGAGAGUAAACUGCUGGAGGUCUACAGGCAGCACAUGCAGGACAGCUUGGCCCGGGGCAGCUCUCCUCUUGUCCAGACCCCUCCCCAGGGCCUGAUGCCAGCACCGGUGAAGCUGCUCAGUCAGCAUCUCUGCCAGGACCACGGCUUUGACUCCAGCACAGCCCAGAGCAUUGUCCUUCAUUACCUUAGCACCUGCACCGUUGCCAGCUCCCACUUUAGCUCCCCUGAACUGCGCAUCUCCAACCCUCAGCUCACAUGAAACCAGCUCCAGUUCCACUUGGUCCCCUUACUCCUACAGUUUCGGUUUUGUUUUCUGAAUCUGUGUACUUGUUGGUCAUUGGUUUGCAUACGGUUCAAAAGGUAAAUUGUUUAAAGAAAUAUCUUCAAGGGGUGCCAAAUUUUUUGUAACUACACAUUCGGAUCCCUGCUAUUCAUUUCAAGUGAAGUUAUAAUUUACUUUGGGAAGACAAAUGGAGCAUAUACAAAAUAUGCACAUAUAUUUAACUCAGAUGUAGUUGAGCGACAUUAAGCUCAUUUUUGUUCCAUAGGUAGGCUAUGAUGGCAUUGCUACUGAUCAUAGUGGCAUGCUGCUCGAGCUCUAGAAGAUUAACAGCAAACCAGUGUGUGAGGGAUGAGAGUGCCAAUGCCACCAUUUCACACACUGUCGGGAGCCACUGGCUCAUACAGCAGCCAUGCCAAGGACUAUUAGCAAAGCACUGUUAGACCAGCAGAGGAGAGGGUUAGGGAGAGCAAUGGCCGUAUGUGUCUGUCCGUCUUGGUGCAAAAUGACAUUAUGUGAAAUGUCUGUGUGUGUGCGCACUAGACUAUUGACUUGCCUCUAAUAAUUUACCAGAAUAUAAGGUUUAAGUUGAGACUUAUUCAAUAAAGAUGUUAAUAGUGGCACAUUGGGUUGGAUGGUUUUGGUUUGGGUGGGGAUG